AUGAACUCGAUGAGUGAAAUAAAACGAUUGACACCUGAAGAAUUACUCGAAAAGCGCCGUUUAACAUUGAUAUCUCGUGCUCGUGCAGCUCGUGCUCAACUAGAUUCAUUAUCAUUACUCGAUACAAGUUAUGAUACAUGUCGACAAACUCUCCGUCAAUGGCGUUCACAAACGCUUGAUGAAAUCAACAGAGCUCAUGAAACAUCUCUUUCACAAUUAAAUGAUGCUUAUGAGCAAAUAAAUCGUUUUCGAUCAAAUUUACUUAGCCAUCUAAAUGAACAUAAUACUAAUGAUCAAUUACUAUCACCAUCAGCACAAUUAACACAUGUUGAAUCAAGCUUAAAUACAUUGAAUCAUGCAGAAUUUACAUUUAAUUUCGAUCGUGCUAGAAAAUUUGAAGGAGAAUUACAAUUAUUAAAAUUAUCUCGUCCUCAACAACAAUCGCGUCCAUUCAAUAAAUCAAAUACAAAAUGUCGAUUACUUGUUCCGUGUGAUCGAUAUGUAUCAGAUGUGUUUUUUUAUGAUGAUUUAAUAACAAGAAUUGAUUGUCAAACACCUGAAUGUAUUCUGGUGUGUCCAUUCGAUUUACUCGGUGAACUUUUAGGAAACGAUGAAGAAGUUCGCAUUCUUAUCGAUCAAACAUAUUUACCAUCCAUUGGUACACAAGCCCAACGAAUGCGUAAUGAGUAUGAUCUUCUUUUACUCCAACCAGCUCAAGAAUGUUGUCCACAAUCGAGUGAACGUGUGAUAACAAUUAUUUGCAAAAACCCAACAAAAAUGUUAUCUUGUUUAGAAGAAAUCUAUACUAUUUGUAGUCAACAAGUUAAACCAAUUGCAAAUAAUCCUUACAAACCAGUUAACUAUAAUAGAUCAAAAGCUGAUCUCUACGGUGGUUAUUCAGAUAUAUUAGCUCAAAAUCAUUUACAAAUCAGUAAUGAUAUAAAUAGGGCAAAUACUUUGUGUCCUUUGCCAUUGAACAAUUCUUUUCUAACUCCUAAUAUAUCUACUUUAUCAUCAUCAUCAUCGUCAUCAUUGUCGUCAUCGUCGUCAUCAUCUUCUUGUCGGCAGCUUUUUGAUCGUGUUCUCAUACCUGUACCACUCUGUCAAACACUUACAAUAACAGAUAUGCAAGCAGGUGCUUUAUUAGGACCGAAAGGCGAACGAAUUCAACAAUUACAACGUGAAACUGGUGCUAUUGUGAACAUAGGUGACUUAAAUGAGGAUAAUGGUGAACGGCGAAAACGUACUGUUAAUAUUCAAGGAAGUCAACAACAAGUGAAUAAUGCUUUGCAAACAAUAAAAAAACUGUUAAUGAUUGUUAGUAAUAAUGAUGAUGAUGAUGAUGCUGAUGCUGCUGGAGAAGAUUCUCUCAAAAGAGAUGGAGAAAAAAUGAAACGAACAUGA